AUGUCUGCUAGUAACGGGGAAAGUGGAGAUUCCAAAGGAAACCAGAGGUGUUUGUUUACCACCCCACAUCAGCAAGAGUUUAAUGGAAUGCCUUCAGGUAUAGUUCAAGUGCCUGUCUUUGUGUAUCCUUCACAGAUAUCAUUUUAUUUAGAUGAUCAAAGUACUCACAAACACGUUAUAACUUUGUACAAUCCGUAUGACUUCACUAUUCGAUUUCGAGUUCUUUGUACUGCUCCUAACAAAUACACGGUCGUAGAUCCAGAAGGAGCAAUCAGAGCUCGUAAUUGUAUUGAUAUAGUUGUGAGACAUAAUGCAGUUUCUCCAACUAAUUGUAACAUUACAGAUAAAUUUCGAAUUCAAAUGCGGAACUAUACUACAAAACAGGUGAUAGGAAAACAAGAUGUUCCUGCCACUUUGUUGCCCGGCAAACCGAUUGUCAUUGCAACUAGUACCAAUGAUCCAGAAGAAUUUCAAAAGUUACCAAAAGCUACUGCAUCUGUUCAACAGCAAUUUGGAUUAGUGCGAGAUCAAAGAGCAGUUCCAGGUCGCAUACAAACGCCAAAUUAUAUAGUAGUUACAGCUGCUUUAAUAUGUAUUGGAGCUCUCCUCUUGCCAACACAAGGAGAAAAGGAGUCAAGAAUUCCUGUCUACUUGCACCUAACUAUUAAUUUAAAAUUAAUAUUUGCUUAUGUCCUUGGUCUGGUAACAAUGGCAUUAUUGAGACCAGCCUGAAGACUUUGCAGAUGAAGACGCAAAUCUGUGCACGUCAGCAUGAGAAACUCCAAUGUGAAAUAAAAUAUAAACUUGUGCAACUUUUUGUAUUAUUUGUGUUGAUAUUUGUGUGCAUUGUAUAUAAUUACCUGUAAUGUCUUUUUAUAUGGUUUUUAAAGCUUUAUUUGUGCAUGUAUCUGGUAAUGUUUGUAUAUAUUAAUUAACGCCUUAUGAGUGGUGCUUCCAUUUGUCCAUGAAUACUCAAAUAUGUAAACAUUUACUCAUAGGUGUGUGUCAAAAUUCUCUGUGGGCAUCACAUAAAUAUUUUUUACUAUAUAUUGUGUAAUUACUGACAUAAUACACAAUAAAUGCAGCAAAAUUGCGCAAAAAUCUUCGCUACAUUUAUGCUAAUGGUUUCAUUGAAAUUUAGGUAUAUAUUUAAUUUUUUUUACAAACAAUAUACACACAUACACACUUGAUAUUGAAUAUGUUCAUUUAAACAUUGUUAAACACUAGUUUUUUAGUGCAAAAUUUACACAUAAGGAUAAUUCUACUAGUGGUGUUAAUCCCUAACUUAAGGAAGAUUUACAUUCUGUAUGAGAGAAUUUUCAGUUUACAAACACUAUUUUUCAAACAUUAUCACAAAUUUGUAACUUCAGAAACUGUUUAUAACUGGUUUGUGAUAAUAGUCAAAUUUGAAAAAAAUUAGCAAAACCUUGUUAAAAAAUCAUUCCAGAUACUAUCAUUUUAUCUCUUAUAUGUAGAAACUCUUAUAGUGAGAAAUUAAUCCAUGAAAAGCUUCUUAAAAGCAAAAUUAUCUUUGAAUAAGGUGUUCCUGAAAUUUGGAGUUUCAAAACAUAAAUCUUGAUGAUUUUUAAGAGUUCAUUCUAGAAAAUAUUGAUCUUGAUCACAAUUACAUUUUUGUUUCUGAAUGACUUAAAACCUGAACUAAAACACCUGAAAAAAUUCUCGAAACAUCUUUAUCAUCUUUAGGAACUUGCAACAAUAAUUUAAGUCAAUAUUCAUAAGUGUAAUGUGGUUAAAAAAAUUUUAACUUGCAUAAGAAGUUAAAAAACACGUUUUUUCAUUUGUACUCAGGGUACUCUGGGUAAAUUGAUUUAAAUCUGACGUUAAGUAUCAGUUAUAAUUUUCAACUCAAAAUUUUUAACCCCGGGGAUAGAUUUGCCUAUCUUAUUCCAUGCCCCUCUUAAUUUCUAGUUGUGCAUUUUGCAGGAUUUUUGAGAUUAUAUAGCAUAUUUUUACUUUGAGAGCUUUUAUUAGUAUAUUAAGUGUGUUAAAUUCAAUUUUUUUAUAUUCUUUGUUAAAUGUAAAUCAUAAGAUACUUUUGUUGUUGCAUCUUUUGUUUCAAUUGCAAGAUACAUCUCUCGCUCAAUAUCCUGAUGUGUGCGCAACCAAUCUCGGUGGAAAGAAGCCAUGCCAUAGCCUAUGAUACACACACACAUACACUUUGUAAGGUUGUUUUCAAAACGUCUGUCUGUGAACAACACUAAGCUAUUUGUAAUUUUUUCCAUAAUGGAUAUUCCUCGGUUGAUCUGAUCUGACUUGAAGGCCUUUUAAAAAGAGUUCCAUAAAUCAUACGUGGUACUUUACCUGAAGCCAAUGGGACAUUUUCAAAAUGUUAUCAAAAAUGGCUCAGAAUUUUUUACUUUCUUGCCCGCUGGUUCUAUAGAAUAUAUAUAACUAAAUAAACAAAAUUACUGCUUAAGCAGAUUAGAGAAAUUGCUGUGAGAUAUAAACAGCUAUUAUUUGCCAGAAAAACUAUUGCUGGUAACAAAAAGAUUGAGAAAUCUUA